UGCUUACAUACCUAAAUAUAUACAUGUAGGUAAGGUAGAGCACUCUUACAGGUCUAUUACAUAAAUGUCAAAAAUGUCACUGAGUUUAAUCUUUCGUCAAUUACCACAGCGCUGUAGAUGUUUUUCUUCCACUUUUUUGAGUGCUACUAAAGUGAAUGGAAUUUCACACAGACUUUUAUCAGACAGGAUUGUUGAUCCGCCAGACCAUACACCUCCAAUACCUGAAUAUGUAGACAGAGGCAGUAAUGAAUCUAUACAUGAUAAAAAGGCACGGCUGUUGUAUCAGAGUCGAAAAAGAGGAAUGACGGAAAAUGGCUUGUUACUGAGUACUUUUGCAUCCCUGUAUUUGGACAAAUUAACAGACGAUCAGUUAGCAAUGUACGACAGUCUGAUUAACAAACCAACAAAUGACUGGGAGAUUUAUUACUGGAUGAUAGGAAAUAAACCAACCCCAUCCGAAUAUGAUAACUCGGUAAUGGACAUGUUAAAAGAUCAUGCUAAAAAUGAAGACAGAAAUGUGAGAUUACAACAGCCAGCCUUGUACACAUAAUUUACCUCAGAUAUAGAUUUUGUGUAUGUUUUCCGCAUGAAGAAUAAUAUGGAUGGUAUGAUAGGAAUUAAAACUUGACAUUUUAAGUUCUAGAAGUACACAUCUAGUUUUGUUCGGUACCAAUAGAAAAUGGAAUUGAAGCUGUAUGAACAAGUUGGAUAUUUAUGAAAAACAGUUGAAUGUUUAAUCAUUAUAGUAUUCACAUAUAUAUUGAAUGCCUUGCUGGUUUUUAGUAAAAUCUGUUGCCAUAGCUUGCCGGUCAAUAGUCAAAACUAUUGCUAGCAUGACCCAUUAGUUUUGACUAUUGACCUGCAAGCCAUUCAGUAAGGGUUUUAUUACAAUACUUAAGAAAUUAGUUUUCAAAAGGUGGGUUUUUUUUUUUUACUUAAUAGCACAUAAUACUUGCAUUGAAUAUAGAUCGGUCAUUUAGCACAAAGUAGGAACUGGUAAUUUAUUUCAGGAUUAUGUACUAUUGAACAAUUUUCAGUAGUUGUGUCUGGAGUAAAACUUUGUUACAAUUUUGCAUGUUAA